GGUCAGACUCAUUAACAGCUAUUCAUUCAAACAUGUUUAUCUCAUGAAAUCUUAGCACUGAAUAUUUUUCUUGGUGUGAACAGGUCCUAAACCAGGGAACAUAGAACCCUGUAUGCAUUACGUACCAUAUACAUCUGGGGAGCAUAUAGGACCCUGGUAACAGAAAUAACUCUCAAAAAUUCAGCAGGUAAAGAUACUGAUUUUAAAAAUGGAUCUACAAUUAUGGGGUUGUUACAUGACACUAGCUGUUGGACAGUUAGAAAUUAACUACCUCCUACCGUUUUCUGGUCUAAAAGUGUGGUUACUUUGUUAAAACCAGUUUCCUGUCAACCUUCUUUCACUAAGUGUUUAUAAGUGGUAGCUUAGCUGGCAUUUUCAUUUACGAGCUAAAAGGCAGAAGAGGAACGAUACUUGUAAUGGCACGAGAGCUUAAAAGUUGGUCCUUCUGGCGGGCAGUAUUGGCCGAAUUUGUUGGGAUGACCAUUUUUGUUUUUAUUGGUAUAGCCUCUGCCAUCGGAAACAAGCAUAACAGAUAUCCCGACCAAGAGGUUAAAGUAGCUUUAGCUUUUGGUCUGGCGAUUGCCACACUGGCUCAGAGUUUGGGGCAUAUCAGUGGAGCCCACUUGAACCCAGCUAUUACUUUAGGACUUUUGGUUAGCUGUCAGAUCAGUUUCUUCAGGGCCUUCAUGUAUAUCGUUGCACAGAUGUUGGGAGCUGUGUUGGCAAGUGGCAUUAUGUUCAAAGUUAGCCCUGACCCUGACACAACACUUGGACUCAAUAUGCUGGGUAAAGGUGUGACAGCGGGACAGGGAUUUGCAAUUGAGCUUUUUGCAACCUUUCAGCUGGUACUCUGUGUCUUGGCCACAACAGAUAAACAUCGGACUGAUGUCACGGGCUCUGCACCCCUAGCCAUUGGACUAUCAGUUGGUUUAGGGCACCUGGUAGCAAUCAGUUACACUGGGUGUGGCAUCAACCCUGCUCGAUCUUUUGGGCCAGCCGUCAUUCUUGAAGCCUUUAAAAACCACUGGAUAUACUGGAUUGCACCCAUGAUCGGUGGGGUGGCUGCUGCUCUUGUGUAUGACUUCGUGCUCUACCCAAAAAGGGAAGCGUUUGGCAAGCGUAUGAAUGUUCUAAAGGGCACAGCUGAUCCGGAGACCUCGGCGACAGAACCCCUAAUCGAACCCCGAACCCCCAGAUCUGGUUCUGGAGGUCUGGGAGCUGAGUAAACAUGGAUUACAGAACAACCAGACAAACCCCUCUCCUGACAGAUAUAAAUUAAUUGGAUAUUAGGCCUAAUGCCUAAGCGUCUUUAGUGAAAACUCUUACUGUUGAAGAAAUUGAUCUGCAGAUCAGUAUAAUAUUUCGUUUUUAAGUAAUAUUGCAGUGAUGAUUAUAUCAGAAAUGUAUAAUUCUUGAAGUUAGACAUUGCUAUUAUUGGAAUUAUACCUUUUUAUAUAGUAUUCUUUCUUUUUUUUUUUCAAUUUAAAGCCAAUGUAUAUUUCCAAAAAAAAAAAAAAAAAAAACAUAUUGAGUGUUUCCAUUUUUGAUUGAGCUGUUUGCAUGAAGACUGCAUUAAAUGAAAUUUGUGACCAACUUUACUUCUGUAUUUCCACUGCUCUGCUUUUUCAUUGUUUUUCUACUUUUCUAACGUUUAAAUAUUUUAG